CAUAUAAUAAUGGCUACUCACUCUUCUUCUUUGUAUGUAUGUAUGAGUAGCAGAAAACCCAAUGCCACUAUGCUAACAGUUCUCUCAGCCAGAGCUGGUGGUGCUCCGCCACCAACACUUUUCUUUGGAAUUGGAUCCAAAAGAAAAUGUUGGAAUUUUAAGCCUUUUAGAAUAUGGGCUGGUAAAUUUCCGGAUUUUCUUCCUAAACAAGUGGAGAAUAUUAAAGAUCCUUUUGCUAGAAAAUUGGCUUCAAGAAUUGAAAGAUUACCAGUAAACUUUUCGAAGGGUUGUGUCAUGAGUAGUUGCGUGAAGCCAAAAGAACAGACAGAGGCCAAUCCAGUUGUGCUUCUCCAUGGUUUUGAUAGCACAUGUUUAGAGUGGAGGUACGCACUUCCAUUGCUUGAGGAAGCUGGGUUGGAGACAUGGGCAGUUGAUAUCCUUGGAUGGGGUUUCUCUGAUUUAGAAAGGCUUCCAUCGUGUGAUGUAGCUUCCAAGCGUGAUCAUCUGUACCAGUUGUGGUCUACCUACAUCAAGAGGCCAAUGGUACUUGUCGGACCGAGUCUUGGAUCUGCUGUUGCUAUUGACUUCUCUGUCAACUAUCCAGAAGCAGUGGAUAGGCUGGUUUUAAUCGAUGCAUGUGUUUAUGCGGAAGGUACAGGAAGCCUCGCAACCUUACCAAAAGCAUUAGCUUAUGCUGGGGUCUACUUGUUGAAAAGCAUACCACUUCGUUUAUACGCAACAUCAUUGACUUUCAAUGGCUUACCAUUAAAUACCUGCAUAGACUGGACUAAUAUAGGUCGUCUACAUUGUUUAUUACCUUGGUGGGAGGAUACAACAGUGAAUUUCAUGAUCAGUGGAGGUUACAAUGUCAUUGAUCAGAUACAACAUGUCAAGCAGAAAACACUGAUAAUAUGGGGUGAAGAUGAUCAGAUUAUUGACUACAAGCUCGCAGUGAGAUUGCAUUGUGAACUGCCAAAUGCUAUUAUCUGCCAAGUACUAAAGUGUGGUCAUAUCCCUCAUGUGGAGAAGCCUGAUGCUGUCUCCAGGUUGAUUUUGGAAUUUAUUCACUCUGAUCAAUCAUGAAGGGAAAAGCUUGACUCAGUCUCCGCCAUCUCUGUUCCUGCUUCAUUAAUGGUUACUUGUACAAGCAAAUAGUUAGCAUAUGCUAUCUCAUUUGGGGAUCUGACUUCUUGAUUCUACAUAGUGAUGAGUUUCUCUCCAAUAUAGAGCUGAAGUUUAUGGUCGGUGAAUAAUAGCAUGGAGCAGUGCAAGCCUUCGUGAGCACAGAGUAAUUCGGUAUCUAUGCUGUUGGGAGUUAAAGGUACCUGGUGACAUUGUCAAAUUGCACAAGCUGGCCUAGAGACCACUGUUAUUUCCGAAAGGAAAAAAAAAAGAACAAGAGGAGCUUGGAGCAGUUCUGAAAUUUUGCUGUGUAAUAUAUCUUGAAUAAUAUCACUCUUAUGUGGCCGGAGCUUCAAGCCAGUAAUCAUGGUAGUUUCAGGAACAUUUCAAGCCAGUAAUCGUGGUAGUUUCAGGAACAUUUCGAAAUAGCAGUGAAUAGUAGAGGGUAGUUGUAUUGUGUAAUAAAGACUUGAGGAUGAGACACUACAAUAUCUUAGUUAAGGCAUAUUGGUGUUUCAUGCACUGUUAGUUGAAUGAUAGGUGUGCUAGUAAAGCAAGUUGAAUGAUAUGUGUUAA